CGCGCGUCGGUGACGUCACGGGUGCGCCACCCCCUGAGCCAGGACCCGAGACUCCAGCCCCGAGAAGCAGGUCGUCGGUCUGUCAGCCUGCUUACCGCGUGACUUCGGGCACAAGGAAUGUCUGCGCCACAAACUUGGACGAGAGAGGCUCUCAUGGUUGAGGGCUGCUGAAGAAAGUAGAGGCGGAUAAAGAGUGAGCGACGCCUGAAGGAGACGUCAGUAGAGCGCACCGGAAGCGGUCCGAGAAUGACGAGUGCGGUCUACCAUGCCUUUUCUCAGAAGGAGGCAAAAGAGUUCGACGUUCAGCAGCACAUGGGAGCCCAGCGGGCCGAGGCCUUCGUGAAGGCCUUCCUGAGGCGCAGCAUGCCCCGCAUGAGCCAGCAAGCCCUAGAGGACCACCUGCAACGCAAGGCCGUUGUCCUGGAGUACUUCACUCACCGGAAGCAAAAGGAAAAGAGAAAGAAAUCUAAAGGCCUUUCUGCCAAGCAGAGGAGGGAGCUGCGGCUCUUUGACAUUAAGCCAGAGCAGCAGAGAUACAGUCUUUUUCUCCCUCUACAUGAACUCUGGAAGCAGUACAUCCGGGAUCUAUGCAACGGCCUCAAACCAGACACGCAGCCACAGAUGAUUCAGGCCAAGCUUCUAAAGGCAGAUCUUCACGGCGCUAUUGUUUCAGUUACAAAAUCCAAGUGCCCCUCCUAUGUGGGUGUUACAGGGAUCCUUCUACAAGAAACAAAGCACAUUUUCAAAAUUAUCACUAAAGAAGACCGCCUGAAAGUUAUCCCCAAGCAAAACUGUGUGUUCACCGUGGAGAUCGAUGGCUUUAUUUCCUACAUUUAUGGUAGCAAAUUCCAGCUGCGGUCAAGUGAGCGGUCUGCAAAAAAGUUCAAAGCCAAGGGAACAAUUGACCUGUGAGCUGUUACUGCCUAAGGGGAUUAUUUAUGCCAGCCAAAGCCUGGAAACAUCCACCUUUCAGGGAAGAGAUGGUCAGGCCAGUUCUGGUUAUAGACCAUUUCCAGCCAGUUUAAAUCAGCGUUAAGGACACUUAGUCAUCUGGGGAGAAGCACACUGUACUGAGCACAGAAUUCAGGGACCAGAGGGGUGUGUCUUUACAGAUGCUCUCGUUUUUCUGUUACUCCCAUGGAGAGAAAAGAUUGGCAGAAAGCACCAGGAGUGACACAGGUUGACCCAAAUAGUUUGUUUGGUUUUUCUUUUUCAUACUUUUCUGUUUUCAGAAUGUUGUUUGAUGAGUCAGUAGUCUGUGUAAUAAAGCAUGCGUGUGGGCGUGAACAGGCCACAGGAGCGAUUCCUGCAGUGCAGCCAGGACGAGGGAGAGAGGCCUGAGGCCGUCCCUGGCUCCUGCCUUUACUUCUGCGCUCGGUGCCGUGAGGCGCUGAGUCUCACUAGCUAGUGGUGACCUGCAUCUUUGAUGGGUCACUUUAAAUCAGGCCUUCUGUCAAGCUCUUUGACCUAACCAAGGUUCACUUUGCUGUUUCUAGAAAGCAGAAGAAAGUUCCAGUACAGGGAGCUUAAGCCUAUGGAGUGUUCUCAGUUCCUGAGUCUGUCAGGCUCCAGAGGAAGGUGGACUGAAGGGAAAACAAGACUACAGCCUUUCCCAAGGUCUGACCUGCUAGGAAAGCCUGAGUCCCCAACAGUGCCACCUUAGUUGACUCUUAGUUCCAUUUUUGCUGCCAAAAAGCAUGGCUCUCCAGUCUGACCCUGGCCCUGUGGGCAGUGUGCCCAUGGGCCAGUAGGUGGGGCCCUUCUACGCAGGCCUGAGUACAAACCAGCCGAAUGAGAACAGGGUGGAGACCAGCCUUCCAGGUGUGCUAUUGAAAAAGCCAUGUGGCUUAGGAGACCCUAUCACCCCUUUCCUUUGAGAAGCAGGUGUUUGCCAGUCAACAAGGUGAAGGCAGAAGCAUUCCUGAUGACAAGCUGGUGGCAAAUUCACAUGCUUUUUUCUUCCACACCAAGAGAAGCAGCAAUGCCAGAGCUUUGCUUUCUUAGCAUUUCCCACUCAGACUCCACGCGGGACAAGAAGCACGAUAAGGGGAGUGUAAACACUGAUUUCACAUCAACUGGAGAACAACGAGAAGGCCUAGCUGUGCCUCCUGAAAGCUGAGCCCGCCGAGAGUCUCCCACGGACAUACAUGCCUGGCAGCUCGACCCCGCUUCCAUCUGUGUGUGGUGUCCCCCACUUAGCAGGAGGGUCUGAGUCCCCUGGGGUGUUCUCCGCAGCCCAGCCGCCAUUGCCUGUGGUUUGGAGCCCAAGUCCCAGCACCACCUCAGACAGGGCAUCCUGACCCAGUGGCAGCCGUUGGGUGUGGCCACAGGGACACUCAGAGUCAGAGCACUGGCUUGCUUGGGUUCUCGCCACCUGAGAGAGCUCGAGCUGGGAUUUGAACCCUAUAGUUUAGCUCCAGAGCCACGUUCUUUAGAAUGGGAAGAUACUUCGAGAGUGCAUCCUUUAUUACUUGGGUUCCCGCUUCCUGAGGGAAUCUCUUGUCUUUCCCAUAGUACGGCUUCUGUUCUUUCGGCUGUCUGAAAGUGCCACACUGGUAACAGCGUAGGUGCUAUCACUUCCUAAAGCCCACUGCUCUUACACACCCCUCUGCAGUGUAAAAGGCAGCCAAUGUUGUGUAAAUAUACAGUUGCUUUCCAGAAAAGUUGUUGGAACCAAUUGCCAUGUGAAAUCUGUUUUUCACUUGGCGCAGACUCAA